AUGGCUCAAUCACACCUAGACAAGCGCGAGCCGUAUCUGUGCGCCCUUCCACUCGAGAUCCGGCUCAUGAUAUUUGAGCACGCCGUGAGACUGGACAAUGUCGUGGUUCCGCAACAGGUCGUGAAGGGCUCCAACAAAUUCACAUGGGGAACGCGAGAGCAAGUCCCGGUGCAUUAUCAUCCGGGAAACAAUGCCUGGGCCUAUAUCCCUCCAGCGGGAGAGCGCCUAUCAGUCGUGUCUCUGUCCUUGACGUGCAAGCAGUUCUACGAGGAGCUCAGAGACACCCCUGUCUUCUAUAGGGUGAAUCUUUUCUGCUUCCCGGACUUGGAGGAACUCAUACGCUAUCUUGCCGCAAUCACACCCGAGCGCCGCAAGGCGAUUCGAAACAUUGUUGUCGAAGGCUUCAAAUUCCCACUCCUGGUCAAUGAUGAGAGGAUCUACCUCGCCCGACAGACGCCCUACAUGAGCCGACUCGAGAGAGAUGGCAGACAUGCUCUGGCCUUGCUGUCGCACUGCGAUGACCUGCGCACACUGACGUUUCUGAUCACCCUGCACCAUGCCCUGGAGUCAGGGGUAGUAGAUGAAUUGAAGAUUCUUCACGAGUGGUUCAAGUCUUUCAUAUCGCAAGCCCCUGCCACGAAACCAUCGAUCCACGCACUACCAAGACUCGAUGUGAUGUCCAAAAGCAGCAAAGGGUAUCGCAUUGGAAAGGACUGGUUCUUGGGUCGUGGUACUGGCGACUGGAACAAUGAACCCAUGGUUUGGGCUGCCAUCAGCGAUUUCGAGAGUGCGAGGGCGUCUCUGAGAACAAGCGCCAUGACUCCCGUGCCUGACCGGUUACUACGGAGUGCCAUCGAGUCCGCCAAACUCGACCUCAACGGCGACGAGCGGGCGUGUGGUUUCAGCCCGGUCGUUAGGCAGAAGAAACUCGACAGCACGAUGGACUACAGGCUGGGGACGUUCAAAAGCAGCCCCUUGCCGAAAUACAACCAACAGGGCCUUCUUCUCUGGAAUGUGGGCGCGAUCGAGAGCAUCACUGGUGCCACAGACUCCAACUUCACCUGCAAGGUGCGCUGGGCGACCACCGGCGACGAGGAGCCGAAGGCAAGGGAGGAGGCCCGGAACCUCAUGACGCGGGACGGGCUCGACCUCUUCCGAUGCUACUACGACAGCACGCUGCUGGCCAUGCGGGCCUCGGCCGCGUGGUCGAACCUCGAGGUGCCCAGCGCCCUGGUGCAGGCGGCGCUGGACGAAAUCGACGCCAUGCCGCCGCCCAACGACAUCAAGGCCCUGGGCGAGCACGUCCUCACGAGCCAGGCCCUGCAGGCGCGGUGGCGCCGGCUGCAGCGCGACUACGACCGCACGCGCGACCGGCUGUUGCGGCGGCACAGCCGGGCGCUCAAGCAGGAGGGCCGGGGCAGCAAGAGAAAGGGCGCCGCGGCCGAGGGGGCGGAAGCCGAGGGACAGCCCAGGAAGCGCGCCAGGAGGGCCAAGGCUGCCGCUUGA